CUCGUGAGCACGUCAGUUCCUCGCUUUUCUGUGCUCUUCUCGCACAACCAGCGGCCAUUUUACACAGCCAGCCUCGAGAGUGCAGGGUACCAGCUCAUCUUUAGUUUUUGAAUAUAGUGCGUUAUUUCACGUUAUCUACUACUCUCGAAAUAUUUUUAACGGGUUUUCUAGUCGGCUUGUGUAAAAAUGUCUCGUAACCGUGGAGGAUUCCAGCACCGAGGCCGUGGAAUGAUCGGGAUGCGCGGUGGCAUGGGAAACCCUAACUUUCGAAAUCAAAACCAGCAUCCUUAUCAAAACCGAGGAGCCCAUAUGGGUGGCGGGUUUAAGCCGAAUCAGGGAAACCAACCCAACCAGGCCUCUACGCCACAGAAGCCACAGGAACCCAAUCAGAACAAGCCAGUGGUCCAAUCACCUCCGGCGCCAGGCCCUGGUCUGGCCCAGCAGAGCAGCAACAAAGGCCCGUCGCCACAGCAGACCCCCAGUCCCGCUCAGCCGAAGAUCCAAUCUCCACCGCCGCAGAAUACAGUGAAGACCCCGGACCUCGGUUCCCCACAGAACCAGCCCAGAAAGAACCAACCCAAAGUCGGGGUGGGAAAUGGCCAAAAACCGCCUGUUCCCGUGAAGAAAGAGGCUGAGCAGACGCCAGCACCACCACCACCACAGCAACAACAACAGAUUACCAAGAGCGAAGACCGCUCUCAGACUCAGGAAUUGAAGGCAACGCUGUCUUUGCUGCGCAAGCCCGGGGAGAAGACCUACACUCAACGUUGCCGUCUGUUUAUUGGGAAUUUACCAAACGACAUCACUGAACCUGAAUUCAGGAAAUUGUUUGCAAAAUAUGGGGAGCCCAGUGAGAUUUUCAUCAAUCAAAGCAAAGGUUUUGGAUUUAUCAGACUGGAAUCCCGUGCCCUGGCAGAGCUUGCAAAAGCUGAACUGGAUGAUAUUCCGAUGAAAGGCAGACCACUUAGAGUUCGUUUUGCGACUCAUUCUGCUGCACUUUCUGUGCGCAACUUGUCUCCUUUUGUGUCCAAUGAACUGCUGGAAGAAGCCUUCUCUCAGUUUGGAAUGGUGGAAAGGGCUGUGGUUAUCGUAGAUGACCGUGGCCGCUCAACAGGGAAGGGCAUUGUUGAGUUUUCUUCCAAGCCAGCUGCACGGAAGGCCAUUGAUCGGAUCAAUGACGGGGUGUUCCUUCUCACAUCGUCUCCUCGUCCAAUUGUGGUUGAAUUGUUAGAGCAGUAUGAUGAUGAGGAUGGUUUGCCAGAGAAGCUUGCACAGAAGAACCCAAGUUAUCAGAAGGAGCGAGAGCAGCCUCCUCGGUUCGCCCGUCCUGGCAGCUUUGAGUUUGAAUACUCCCAAAGAUGGAAGUCUCUUGAUGAGAUGGAGAAACAACAGAGACAGCAAGUGGAUAAGAACAUUUGUGAAGCCCGUGAGAAGCUGGAAGGAGAGAUGGAAGAUGCCUAUCAUGAGCAUCAAGCAAACAUGCUCAGACAGGACCUUCUUAGACGUCAGGAGGAACUUCGUCGCAUGGAAGAGAUGCACAGUCAGGAGAUGCAGAAACGUAAAGAGAUGCAGCUCAGGCAAGAAGAAGAACGCCGUAGGAGAGAGGAGGAGAUGAUGCGGCAGAGAGAAAUUGAAGAACAGAUGAGGCGCAAACGUGAGGAGUCUUACAGAAUGGGCAGCUUUAUGGAUAAUAGAGACAGGGAGAUGAGAGGGAAUCCUAGUGGAGGCCUGGGAUUGGCUGAUAUGGCGUUUGGGUCACCCGGCCAAAAGUUCCCAUUGGCUGGAAUGAAUUUUGAAGGACACCAGGGAAUGGGGGGACAAGCAUCAGGGGGCAUGGUGCCCAACGAAAUGCGCAAUGAGCGUUUCCUGCAAGGUGGCCCAGGGGGUCCAAGGGGCAUGGGUGGUGGAAACCCAGGAUUUGGCAGGGUCCGUGAGGAAUAUGACGGAUCUGCCAAGAAGCCACGCUUCUAAUCUGGCACUUUAAAAUCAAAGUUUGUUUGUGGAAAUCCAGAGGCUCGGUUCUGGUGUCACAAUUGAUGUAUUUAAGUUUAAAGAAUUUUCUUGCAGUUUUAGCCUGAAAACCCAUCCCCUUUGUGGCAAGAUUUUUUUUCAUCCUAUUUUUAUUUUGUAUUCUUAAUAGGUUUAAUAAAACCAUGGACUAAUGGUUAGCACUGGCUUAGUGCUACAAACAUGUAAUCCCCUUUCUUACUAGUCUUUAUCUUGUCAUGUUACUUGUGUUAUACUGGUGAAUAUUGUAAGUUGUUCUGAUCUUACUAUGGCUGUGUUCUGUGCCAUUCACAUUUAAAAUACUACAUGUACAUUUUCAAUAAAGAGUGCAGUUUGUUUUCCAAAACCCCAA